CCCUCCACCUUUCUUCAAACAGCUACCCAAAUCAAACUCCUUCGCCUCGAAGAAAAGCAUUCAUUUCAUUUCAUUUCAACGCACUGAUCCACCAAUUCUCUGCUCAGAUCUAUCAUCAAUGGCAUUGGAAUGGGUCGUUCUUGGCUACGCUGCUGCGGCUGAGGCAAUCAUGCUCCUCCUCCUCACCAUCCCAGGCCUCGAUGGACUCCGGAAGGGCCUAAUUGCUGUUACUCGCAAUCUUCUCAAGCCAUUCCUCUCCGUCGUUCCCUUUUGCCUCUUCUUGCUCAUGGAUAUCUACUGGAAAUAUGAAACUCUCCCCAGUUGUGAAUCCGACUCAUGCACCCCUUCUGAGUUCCUUCGCCACCAGAAAUCGAUCAUGAAGAGCCAGCGGAAUGCGCUCUUGAUCGCAUCGGCGCUUGUGUUCUACUGGCUGUUGUACUCUGUCACCCAUUUGCUUGUCAAGGUUGAGCAAUUGAACCAGCGUAUUGAGAGGUUGAAGAAUCGGGAUUGAGAAUGGAGAUGGAGGGGGAAUCAAAUCAUUGCGUCUGUUCGUUUUCUUUUCUUUUCUUUUCUUUUUGUUUUAAUUUCGUUUCUUAUGCUAUAUUAUGGAAAUUGUGCUCGUUUUAUAUUCCAUUUUGAUAUUCCUUUUCUAAAACUUGAGACUGAUAAGCGACUCUUGAAUGUAAUUUUUAUGGUUGGUUCGAGGGAUGGGGAUUAAGAUUUUCUGUUUUACAUCCUCUGGUCUGAGGCAUUAUUUGGGACUCUGUUGUUCUGUUUGCUUAUUUAUUUACUGGAAUUCUUA